AAAUGGCUUCAGAUAUCCCUGGAUCGGUGACGUUGCCCGUGGCCCCCAUGGCGGCCAGCGGCCAGGUGAGGAUGGCAGGGGCCCUUCCUGCCCGCGGAGGAAAGCGGCGUUCCGGAAUGGACUUCGAUGACGAAGAUGGCGAAGGGCCCAGCAAAUUCUCUAGAGAGAACCACAGUGAGAUCGAGCGGCGCAGGCGGAACAAGAUGACGCAGUACAUCACCGAGCUCUCGGACAUGGUGCCCACAUGCAGCGCGCUGGCCCGGAAGCCAGACAAGCUCACCAUCCUGCGCAUGGCUGUGUCGCACAUGAAGUCCAUGCGGGGCACGGGGAACAAGUCCACCGACGGCGCGUACAAGCCCUCCUUCCUCACCGAGCAGGAACUGAAGCAUCUCAUCCUUGAGGCAGCUGAUGGAUUUCUGUUUGUAGUGGCAGCUGAGACAGGGCGAGUGAUUUAUGUGUCUGACUCAGUCACCCCUGUUCUGAACCAGCCCCAGUCAGAGUGGUUUGGGAGCACCCUCUAUGAACAGGUACACCCCGAUGAUGUGGAGAAGCUGAGAGAGCAGCUGUGUACUUCAGAAAACUCAAUGACAGGCCGCAUCUUGGACCUGAAGACGGGGACGGUGAAGAAGGAGGGCCAGCAGUCGUCCAUGCGGAUGUGCAUGGGCUCGCGGCGCUCUUUCAUCUGCAGGAUGAGGUGUGGCAACGCUCCUCUGGACCACCUUCCUCUGAACAGGAUAACCACCAUGAGGAAACGGUUCAGGAACGGCCUUGGCCCCGUGAAGGACGGAGAAGCUCAGUACGCUGUGGUCCACUGCACAGGGUACAUCAAGGCCUGGCCGCCCGCGGGAAUGACCAUACCUGAGGAAGAUGCUGAAGUGGGACAAGGCAGUAAAUACUGCCUCGUGGCCAUCGGGAGACUCCAGGUGACCAGCUCUCCCGUGUGCAUGGACAUGAACGGGAUGUCGGUGCCCACGGAGUUCUUAUCCCGCCAUAACUCCGACGGAAUCAUCACGUUUGUGGAUCCAAGAUGCAUCAGCGUGAUCGGCUACCAGCCCCAGGACCUUCUGGGAAAGGACAUUUUGGAAUUCUGCCACCCCGAGGAUCAGAGCCACCUGCGAGAGAGCUUCCAGCAGGUGGUCAAGCUGAAAGGCCAAGUGCUGUCCGUCAUGUACCGGUUCCGCACCAAGAACCGGGAGUGGAUGCUCAUCCGCACCAGCAGCUUCACCUUCCAGAACCCCUACUCCGACGAGAUCGAGUACAUCAUCUGCACCAACACCAAUGUCAAGCAGCUUCAGCAGCAGCAGGCCGAACUGGAAGUGCACCAGAGAGAUGGAUUGUCGUCGUAUGAUUUAUCUCAGGUCCCGGUCCCCAACCUACCAGCCGGUGUCCACGAGGCCGGGAAGUCUGUGGAGAAAGCAGAUGCAAUCUUCUCCCAGGAGCGAGACCCCCGGUUUGCAGAGAUGUUUGCAGGCAUCAGUGCAUCGGAGAAGAAGAUGAUGAGCUCGGCCUCCGCGGCGGGAAGCCAGCAGAUCUACUCCCAAGGAAGCCCGUUCCCUCCCGGACACUCGGGGAAGGCCUUCAGCUCUUCCGUGGUCCACGUGCCGGGCGUGAACGAUAUUCAGUCCUCCUCCUCAACGGGCCAGAGCAUGUCCCAGAUCUCCCGGCAGCUAAACCAGGGCCAGGUGGCAUGGACAGGAAGCCGGCCGCCCUUCCCGGGACAGUCCAGCAAGGCGCAGUCGUCUCCCUUUGGGAUGGGGACAAGCCACACCUACCCGGCAGACCCCUCCUCCUACAGCCCUCUCUCCAGCCCAGCGACCUCCUCGCCAAGCGGAAACGCCUACUCCAGUCUGGCCAACAGGACUCCGGGCUUCGCUGAAAGUGGACAGAGCAGCGGGCAGUUCCAGGGGCGGCCCUCGGAGGUCUGGUCGCAGUGGCAGAGCCAGCACCAUGGCCAGCAGAGCGGUGAGCAGCACUCCCACCAGCAGCCCGGUCAGACUGAAGUGUUCCAGGACAUGCAGCCCAUGCCAGGAGACCCCACCCAGGGGACUGGCAACUAUAACAUCGAAGACUUUGCCGACCUGGGCAUGUUCCCGCCGUUUUCUGAGUAGCCGUGGGCGGAGUGAGGCUCCUGCCGUCCAGUGCCACUCCUGCUGUUCACACCCGUGUGAGCGGGGCCGCCCUGGCCCUGCUUGCCCUGCGUGGGACCCCCCCGCCGGAAGCCAUCUCACCUCCGCGCCCCCCCGACAGCGCUGCUCAGCCCUCUCCCGCAGCCGCCCUGGUAGACGUUUGAGGACCCCUUGUCUGUCUUGUGUUUUGUCUGCGUGUGCCCAGGAGGGGGCCCCGUUGGGUCCUUACAUCCGGUGUGAAUAAUCAAAUAGACAGUGGACACCCGCCCACGAGACGGGCAGCCGA